GUGGACCUGGAGCCUUUAUAAAGUGAGCGAGCAGACCGUCCUGUCCAGUCUCAGCUGGGAAGCCAGCCAGCCAUGAGGGUCUACUACCUUCUCUUUGCGUUGCUCUUCUUGUUCUUGCUGCCUGUUCCAGGCAAUGGCGGAAUCAUAAGCGGGUUACAAAGGUAUUAUUGCAGAAGAAGAAGCGGCCAGUGUGCUCUGAUCGGCUGCCUUCCAAACGAGGAACAGAUAGGCCGCUGUUCCCUGAGUGGCCGAAUAUGCUGCCGGAAGAAGAAAUGAAAAAUCCAGGAGGAGAAAGUUGCAUAGUGUGAAAAUGCCUCCUUGAAGACUCCAGAAGUCAAAUCAAAGACUUUUUACAAAAUUUAGAAGCUUGAUUAUUGUCAUGAUAAUUUUUUCACAUUCUGUUUAUUGUGCUGCUUGUCACCAAAUAGGCAACUUAAGAAGUGUUAAUGACUCCCCUUUAAUUCAAAUAAAGUAUA